AUGGGCAAGAACCACGAAGUCGAAUACGACAGCCGCGCCUCUCACGACGGCGGUGAUGGCGCAUCUCUUGGCCGCCGGACGUCCGCCCUCGAGGAGGUGCCCACCCUCGUGCCUCCGCCCGGGUUUCCAGGCCUGCCGGUCCGCCGGCGGAGUACCGCAUCUCGGCACAGUGUGACCUUCUCGGAGGACGCGAGGCGGCACUCGCACGCGGUGGAGGAUGACGACGACGGCGAGGCCCUCGAGGCCCUCACGCAGAGCGCCUCGGCCAUCAGCCGCCAGAUCUCGCGCCGGCGCGAGUCGUCCGACAACGUCUUCGAGCUGCCCAUGAUCCAGCGGCCCCGCGCCGCCAAGCCAGGACUACCCAGCACCAUCCGCGAGGUUCCGUCCAACCUGCCCACGCCGUCGUCAACACGCCCCCCGUCCCCGACGACGCCGUCCGGUCGCCUCGCCGGGUCGACAGACUACUUUGGCCACGGCACCGCCACAGCCACAGGCACCAGCAGCACCGCGCCGUCGUCGCCCCAGAGCGACGCCGCGUACGAGACGGGCGCCGGGCAGCAGGCGUACCCGGACAUCGGCGUCAUCAGGUCCUGGCGCGGCGCCAUGAUCCUGUGCUGCACCUGCGGCGCGCAGCUGAUGGACAAUGUUUUCAUGACGGGCGUUAAUAUCGCCCUGCCGGCCAUCCAGAAGGACUUUGGCGUCGGCGGCUCCGACCUGCAGUGGCUCAUCUCGGCCUACACACUGACUUUUGGCGGUUUCCUCCUGCUCGCGGGCGUCCUAUCAGACCGGUACGGACGCAAGAUGAUAUUCUGCGCCGGCAUGGCCACCUUGAGUGCCUGGACACUUGCGGACGGCUUUGCUCCCAACUUCAUUUCGCUGGCCAUUUUCAGGGCACUGCAAGGAGUCGGGGCGGCCAUGACUGUUCCGAGUGCCGUCGGCAUCAUAUCCAACUACUUCGUCAGCAGCGACCGCACCCUCGCACUGACCAUAUUCGGCGCAUCUGGUGCGGUCGGCUUCUGCCUCGGCCUCGUCUUCGGCGGGUUCCUCACCUCCAGCUUGGGGUGGAGGUACAUCUUCUACCUCGCCGUCGUCUUCACCGGCGUCAUCGGCGUCCUGGGCACGUUCUGCCUCCCCAAGGACAGGAUGGAGGGCCACGCCCGCCCCAAGCUCGACUUCGUCGGCGCCGGCCUCUCGACGGCGGGGCUCAUCCUGCUGAGCUUCGUCCUGUCCAGCGGCGGCGAGUACGGCUGGGGCAAGGCCUUCAUCAUCGUGCUGCUGGUCCUCAGCGUCGCCAUGAUCGUCGCCUUCACCUACGUCGAGAAGAAGGUCCCCAACCCAAUCAUGCCCUUGUCACUUUGGAAGCUGGAGAACUUCGCGGCGUUGUGGAUCGGCGGCUUCGUAAUGUACGGCGGCUACCAGACGACAGUCUACUUCGUCACCCUCAUGGCCCAGGAGAUCAACCACCUCAGCGCGGGCCAGACGGCCCUGCGCUUCCUGCCCAUGGGCUGCACGGGGUUUGUGUUCAGCCUGGGCAUGUCGCGCGCCCUCGAGGUCUGCAACACAAAGUGGCUGCUCGUCGCCGGCAUGGUCGUCUGCGCCCUGUCGCCCGUCCCGGGGGCCCUCAUGUCCGACGGCGGCGACAUCAGCUUCUGGAGGAACGUCUUCCCCACCACCAUCCUGAGCGUCGCCGGCGUCACCAUCGUCUACUGCACCAUCACGGUCGUCCUGCUGGCAUCGGUGCCCGUCAACGUGCAGAGCAUGUGCGGCGGCAUGAUCAACACCGCUUUUCAGAUCGGGAGCGGUGUCGGGCUGGCGCUGGCGAGUGCUGUGGUGCAGGCUGUUGACACGGCAAAGGGGCACUCGGCGCUGCUGCAGUACAAGACGGGGCUGUGGUGCUGCGUUGGGCUGGCUGGUGUUGGACUGGUUGCGAGUGUGUUUGGUGUCAAGGAUAGAGGGAAGUCCGUGGGAGGCCAUGUUAUGAUGCAUUGA